CGGAAGCGGGCGGCGCUCCGGCUGACGGGGAAAUGUCAGCUGCUUGAGCGGGGUCGGGUUUUCCUUUCCCGAGAACCCGCAGGCCUUCUGGUGACCCGCCACCGCCGUCGCCACGGAGCGUGGGUCCCAGACCCUGGACAGCUGUGGCGGACGCGGGGUUUCGCGGUCCUUCUGGACGCCGUCCGGCGGGAUCGGACGGUGAGCCUGCCGGGGAGAGCGUGAGGCACUUUGGGGUCUGGGGCCGAGCGCGGGCGCAGAGAGAGAGAGAGAGGGACCCCGGAGAUCCCGAGAGGCCGCCGCCACGGGGCCCACGGACCCGGCCGCCGAGUGGAGGCGGGGGCCCGCCCCGCCGGCCAGAUAUGAUCCAGGCCUGUAUGUGAAUUACUCUGGUUAAUCAGAGCAGACGUUGAAUAAUGAGUGGUGCAGCUUUGGGACUCGAGAUUGUUUUUGUCUUUUUUCUGGCGCUAUUCCUGCUUCAUCGAUAUGGAGACUUUAAGAAACAGCAUAGACUUGUGAUUGUUGGAACACUGCUAGCUUGGUAUCUUUGCUUUCUUAUUGUCUUCAUACUGCCUCUGGAUGUUAGUACGACAAUAUACAACCGGUGCAAACAUGCUGCUGCGAACUCGAGCCCUCCUGAGAGUAGCAACAUUACAGGAUUGUAUACAACUGCUACCCCGGUUCCAAGCCAACGUCCGUGUUUCAAGCCAUGGAGUUACAUUCCUGAUGGAAUCAUGCCAAUUUUCUGGAGGGUAGUAUAUUGGACAUCACAGUUCUUAACAUGGAUUCUGUUACCUUUUAUGCAGUCAUAUGCAAGAUCAGGAGGAUUUUCCAUUACUGGAAAGAUCAAAACUGCACUGAUUGAGAAUGCAAUCUAUUAUGGCACCUACUUGCUGAUUUUUGGAGCAUUUUUAAUUUAUGUAGCUGUAAACCCACACUUGCACUUAGAAUGGAACCAGCUUCAGACAAUUGGGAUAGCUGCUGCAAAUACAUGGGGUCUCUUUCUUCUUGUGUUGUUGUUGGGGUAUGGCUUGGUAGAAAUUCCUCGGUCAUACUGGAAUGGAGCAAAAAGAGGUUAUCUACUUAUGAAAACUUACUUUAAGGCAGCCAAAUUGAUGACAGAGAAAGCAGAUGCAGAAGAGACUUUAGAAGAUGUCAUGGAGGAAGUUCGUAAAGUGAAUGAGAGCAUCAAGUAUAACCACCCACUGAGAAAGUGUGUUGACACAAUACUUAAAAAGUGCCCUGUAGAGUAUCAAGAAAAAAUGGGUAGGAACAUGGAUGAUUAUGAAGAUUUUGAUGAGAAGCAUAAUACCUAUCCAAGUGAAAAAAGUCUGGUAAAACUACACAAACAGGUGAUUUAUUCAGUUCAGAGACACCGUCGAACUCAAGUACAAUGGCAGAUUCUUUUGGAACAAGCAUUUUAUCUAGAAGAUGUAGCAAAAAAUGAAACUAGUGCUACUCAUCAGUUUGUUCAUACCUUUCAAUCACCGGAACCAGAAAAUAGAUUUAUUCAAUAUUUUUAUAAUCCUACAGUUGAGUGGUACUGGGAAUGUCUUUUGCGACCGUGGUUUUAUAGGGUACUUGCUGUGGUGUUGUCCAUCUUCUCCGUGAUUGUUGUGUGGUCGGAGUGCACGUUCUUUAGCACUAUGCCUGUCUUAUCCCUCUUUGCAGUCUUCAUACAGCUGGCUGAAAAAACAUACAAUUAUAUUUAUAUUGAGAUUGCUUGCUUCCUUUCCAUCUUCUUCCUCAGUAUCUGUGUUUAUUCUACUGUGUUCAGGAUUCGUGUAUUUAACUAUUAUUACCUGGCUUCACAUCACCAGACUGAUGCUUACAGCCUUCUUUUCAGUGGCAUGUUAUUUUGCCGUUUGACUCCUCCGUUAUGUCUUAAUUUCUUGGGUUUGACCCAUAUGGAUUCAUCCAUCUCUCACCAAAAUACACAGCCGACUGCUUAUACAUCUAUUAUGGGUUCCAUGAAAGUUUUAUCAUUUAUUGCAGAUGGAUUCUAUAUAUAUUAUCCUAUGUUGGUGGUAAUUCUCUGCAUUGCUACUUAUUUUAGCUUGGGAACCCGUUGUUUGAAUCUACUUGGUUUCCAGCAGUUCAUGGGAGAUAAUGAUAUGACAUCAGACUUAGUUGAUGAAGGAAAAGAAUUAAUCAGACGAGAGAAGAGAAAAAGGCAAAGGCAAGAAGAAGGCGAAAGUCGAAGAAGAGAGUGGAAAGAACGUUAUGGACACAGUAGAGAAGAUUCCACUAGAAACAGAAAUGUUCACAUUGACCCAAAAGAAUCAAACUUCUCUGAUAUUAGUACCAACCGAUCAGCAUCCAAAUAUACCAGGGCUAAUAAUAGGACUGAAAGGGACCGAAUAGAACUCCUCCAAGAUGCAGAACCUUUGGAUUUUAAUGCAGAAACAUUCACUGAUGAUCCUCUUGAAUCUGAAUCAGGAAGGUAUCAGCCUGGUGGACGAUACCUCUCAAUGUCUCGCAGCAGAAUAUUUGAUGAUGUUUAAAGUCUGUAAGAAUUUAUGGAAUAACUUUUCAAGAUCAAUGCAUAAAUUCAGUCUUUAUGAACAUCUCUGCGCCCUAGAAUUUACACUGAGCUCUCAGUGAAAAGUGUCAGGAUAAAAAAGGCACUAAAAAUUAAUCGGAUCUUAGUAAUAAUAGUUUAUUGUUCAUUAAGUAGAGUAUCAUCUUUUCUAAUAGGAUUUGUUACAUACCAUUCCUGAAGUGUCUGCCUUAGAAGUACAGCUACAGUGGAAGGAUUUAAUUCAUGAUUAAGAUCAGUAUAUGUUGAAAACAUGUAGUUAAGUUUGUUUCAGAUUAAUCUUUUUCAGGAAAAUCAUUUUAAAGAUCCAUAAGUUAUAACUGAAUAGUCUUAUACAGUUUCAUUUUUGUGAGUUACAUAUUUGCUGUUUCUAAAGAAUAUGUUGCUCCUUUAUUUCCCAAAGAGAUGGAGACCUCAAUAAUAACCAUAUUUACAAAACACAUGUCUUAAAACAAGGCUUACUUACCAGACAUAACUGAAUGUACAAAGCUCUUUUUCAAUGCUGUAUGCAAAUUAGUUAGGUUUUUGCAUGUAUAAUUAAGAUUAUACUUCAACUAAUAGUGUUUGUAUCUUCAGCAUGUGUACUAUAAUCAGGUGAUGUAUUGUUCUUUCAGUCUUUGGUAGUAACUGGAAAUUGUCUUAUGCUUUUGGUAUUGCUUUGUAAAAGAUUUUCAUUUCAGAGAGGUGUUCACCUUUAUCAUUUAGCAUAUCGAUGUAAGUAUUGAUGAUUCCAUUCAAGGAGAAUUGUAAUUAUUAAUGGUAAAUGGUGGGGUUUUUUAAUAACCAAAGAGUCCCACAAAAUUCUCUGCUUUUGAGAGGUGCCUGUUUCUUCCUUUUGAAAAAGAACAUCUGGUUUUUCAAAGGCAAAACAUAAAUCCAUUUACUCUUGUUACGAACACUUCAGUUGUGGUUUACAGAAAACGGAAAAGUGCUUUAGAGUGGAGAUGUGGAAUAACUUGUUGGUUAAACACGUUAUUUCAAAUUGAGUUUUUUAAACUUUGUGUUUAAGCCAAAGUUAGGUAUUGUAUUUUAUAUCAUCAGUGUUUUAUUGCACAGUGACUACAGUUGAGCACAGCAUGUUUGCAGAGAGUUGUUUAUGUCCCUGAAAUAUUUGCAACCCUGAGAAUCCAUACCGUGGAUUCACCCAGUGGUGACUGUACUUGAGCUUGCCCACGGCCAUCUUAAACACCUCUUAUCCUGCGUAACCUUUAUCAGUGCCCUUUUUCACUCUUAAGUACCCCAAUUUGCAGAUGAAUUAUACAGUCAAAUUUCAUCAUAUGUUUCUUCAGGGUGGUUUUUCCCUGAAUCAUAAUUUUAAAUGUUUUAUUUUCCUCUUUUCUUAGCAUUCUCAUGUAAAUUUUUUAAAAGCCACAGUUUUAUGCAGAUACUGAAAGGAAUACUGUAUCAUCGUAAUUAUCUGAUUUUCUUAAAUUUUUAUGAUCUUUGAGAUUAGGUCUCCUUUAAAACAAUUAUCAGUGGAUAGAUUUUACUCUCAAAGAUCAUAUAUAUAGACUGCCUAUUUAAGAACACACACACACACACACACACACACACAACCUUUAUUGUGAAGCGUAGUCAGAGAGCAGUAGGCCAGGAGCAGAGAUAAUUUAACACUGUUUGAAAUUUCAUGAUUGACCAUUGAAACCUUGGGCAAAUCAUGUAACCUUUCAGUGCUUCAAUUUCUUCAUUUUCAAAAUGAAGAGAAUACUUGCUAUUUACCUACUGAUCUACAUCACAAAGCUAUUGUGAGGGUAUUGAGUUGAUAUUUAUAUAGCGGAAUUUAAAAAGACGAAAUAAGUUGUUAGCUGUGCUGGUUUUCCACUAAGUGGUAUUUGAAAAUAUUGGAUGGGAAAAGGAUCACCCCAGAAGGGGGUCCUGUUUCUUAUGAUUACAGAGAACCUUACAAGUCCCCAGAGCAAAAACUCUUUUGGGAAUAAUUAAUCAAAAUCCUGUGAAAAUAAUAUUUAUUAUUUAGUGUUUGGGUUUACUUUGGAUUAUUUUCCUUAAGUAUAAUGUUGUUUCUCAUCAGAUUUUAUCAUGAAACUCAGAUACUGUUGUAGAAAUAGAAGCAAAAAAAGAGAAGAAAUGAUCCAACUACUUUUAUAACUUGUAAUACCCUAAGAUAUAUUGAUAGAAAUACGUAAAAUUAUUUUAUUGUUAAAUUUUUUUAUGAUUAUAAUAAUUGAAGUAUAUGUAAUACUUCUGUAAAACAGUGUAGAUCCCCUUUAUGACUUUUGAGUUAUUUCCAGAAUAAUUUUUGCUUAAGUGAUCAGGAGUACUCAACUUUUUAAGCAAAAUUUAUCUUACAGGAUUUCAUAUAUGAUCAUAUAGAAAGGUUACCUAGCUGGGUAAAUUUGUGUUUAGAAGGUAAUGAUUUUAAUCCCUGAAGACUAAGAGUUUAUUGCUGGGGAGCUAAAUUAAUGUUUGUUAAGCCACCUUGUAAAAAACUGUAAUAAGAACAAAAGUCUUCUGUUUUGAGAAGUUUAUGAAAAUGUAAUUACAUCUACUGCAAAACAUUACUACUAAAUUCAUACACUUUACAUGCAAAGUACAUUUCUUGAAGAAUUACUUCUGGCAAUUACCUUUGAGAUGUUUCUUACGUAAUAAUAGCUAUCUGGUUAAAUUUUCUGAAUUUUUUUCCUAAAUAAUUUUAGGUAAGGAUAUUCAGUAAGGCAGUACAAAUAAGUAAGCCAGUUCAAAAUAACUACUGCAGAAAAUAACAGUUAAUAAUCUCUUAAUUUCAUGAAUCUGUAAAUUGCUAAUUAACUUUUGUUACUACAUCAAUAAUUUGUUAUCAAUAGAGCACUUUUGUAAAAAUCAUUGUUAAAAUAAGCCUAAUUAUUAGAAUUUGUUCUCUUACCAAAUGAACAUAGGGGCUUUGGAAUAAUUUCAUCACACAAGAGGCCCUCAUUUCAUAAGAGUGGUAAGAGCUAAAUCAGAACCUUCAAGAGUUUCCCAUUUUAUAAAGAAUAGAUCAGAGAAUUUGACAAUCGAAACUUUCCAAAAAAAAAAAUGCUGCCAGUUGAUUUGUUUUUGGACACUAAUAUUUAAUUAGAUUAUCAGUUCUUAAAUUUAUGCUGGUUUUGUGCCCAAAUGAAAUUAAAUGUGGAUAGGAAAGUCAGUGUUUAUUUUUUAAGUAUAUUUUAAAAUAUUAAUGAAGGGAUUAAUUGAUGUACAAUAGCAAACCUCAUUUUUUGGUACCUUUAGUAGAUUUAGAGAAUGUUCUUGAUUUUUGUGUUGAUUACUAUUUUAAAGGAAAAAUAAGCUCUCCAUAAUUAUAAUUCACACUGUUCAGUAAUGUGAGUUUUUAUACUUGUGAUUUGUGUGGACAAUGCCUGAAAAAUCACAAAGAUAAAUAUAUUUGCACUAAGAGGCAAAACAUGUCCCUGAAAAUCUUAACAUACUUGACUUUCCAAAAUGUAAUGGAUUGAAUUGUAUUAAAUUCUAAAUGUUGAGAAGUAAAUGAAUUUAAAGUUUUAUCUUUCUUUUCUUCCUUCCUCCCUUCAUUCCCCUCUGAAGCCUCUCUUUAUAUUAUGACUUAUAGUAUGACUUAUAAUGUGCUGACAGAUUUUUUUCCGUUUGCUCUGUGUAUAGUUUUUGAUGAUCAAUACACUCAAAAGGUUCUGACUACAGAUCCCACUACUUGAAUAGCAGUAUUGCACUUAAAGUAGUGAAACAGAUUUUGCUAGACAGCUAAGCAACAUCUGAAUGUACAUAUGAUAGAUGCUAGCUCAGUGUGUUGUCUUUUUCGCCACUAAGUAGGACACUUCAGUAAAAUGAAUUAUUCUCAGUGUAAAUGUUUUAGCAUAAAAUUAGACUUCCAAAACCAGUGAUUGUUAAAAACAAAACAAGCAAACAAACCCAAAACAUUAAGAACCUUAGGGCCUCUUUUUAGGAAAAGGAGUUUGUAAAUAAUACACAUCAUUGUCAAAGUUUUCAUUGAGAGAGUUUGAAACAAUAUAAGAGGAUUACAGGAAGCCUUCUGAAAUGUGAAUUUCCUUUGUGUGGGAUACUUCUUUCCAACUCAGUCACUUUUUUUCCUGCUCAGAGACCUGGAAGACUAGGCAGUGUUAUCCCCUGUACUAACUCCAGAGCAGCCACCAGCCCUGCCCUAUCCCCAGUCCCAUUGCAGUGGGAACAUACCCUCGCCCCUAAUUCCUUUCAUGUUCAGCCUGGUUUUUCUAACAUUCUAUUUUCAUUUUCAAAAGAUUAUGUCUAUUGAGGUUGAUCGAAGCCUUUUCACAAUUUUAAAUUUGUUAAUAAAGCAAGAAUAUUGGCAUGUUCCUCUUCUCAUAGUUAUCCUAAAAAAAACUUUUGUUCUUAACACAGUCCCUGGAGAGAAUUAAUCUUUUUUUCCCCAUGAAAAUCUUUUGUGCCUAUCCUGAUCUCACAUCAUUUUGUAAAAGGAGAUUUUUACUGUACUUAGUGCAAAUGAGUAGGAAGAAUGUUUACUGUGGCAGACAUGUAGAAUAAAGUCAUAAUUUGUUAAUCUGACUGUACAGCACCAUUUUUGAGUUGAUAUUAUUGACAGAAAUCUUAUCAACCUAAUCACUUAAAGCUGUAUUUCUCAAAAGAAUGCUGGCUAGCAUCUUCCCUACUUAGUACACCAAAUUGUAGGGGAGAGACUAUGUAUUUUUUUUUAAAGCAAUCCAAUGGAUUUGUUUUUGUCCAUAUUUUGAACACAACUUGAAAGAUUUUUCUCAUUUAGAAGAUAGAGAACAUGUGGACCUGUCUUUUAAAUUACUGUAAUCUAAUAUAUAUAUUUAUAAAUUAUAGCAUUGAAAAAAGAGCUCUAAUAUUAAUGUUAUUACUUCCUGGUAUUUAAUUUUUAUAAAAUGUUUUUGUAAGUAACUAAGUGUAGUAUUGCUUUUAAGAGGUUUAAAAAUCUUUGUCAAAUGCAUUCUGCCCAGAACCUAUUUCCUUAGGGCAAUAUUCUAAAGUUCAGUAGUCCAGUAUGAGUUUGAAAUACUCCUACAGCUCUUCAGUAUCUUUUUAUAUAUACCAGUACCCAAGCAAAGGAUACCAAAAGCCUAAUUUCUGUGUUACAUUAAUAAAGUACUUGUUAUUUAUCUAAUUCAGUGGAUUAGGUGAAAUAGAAGAUAAGUCUUUCAAAUGUGCAUCUGAUCAUAAUUUUCAAAAUGUUCAUUAUGUUCAUUUUUGGUGCAUGAUGCCAAUUUAUCUUUAAUCAGCCAUUGCUAUCUGGUAUGUAAUGGCAAAUGUUUUCCUUUCUGACUAAUGGGUUGUGUAUAUAACUAUUUUUCUCUGCAGAUUCUCACUAAAUAUAUAUUUGAAAAAACCUGCAAAGUGCUACUUAUAAGUAAGUUAGCAUCUUUGGCCUUAUCUAUGCAUAAUGUUCUCUUAGUUUGGUUUUGACAAACUCAUGGACUUGGAAAUGCUUUGUAGUAUUUUAAUUUAUUGUGAUGUAAUGAAUUUUUUGAAAUGUUUAUUUGAUUAGCUGUUAAAAUAUGGGAAACUAUGUAGCUUUGCAUGAAAUAAAGUACAU